ACAACUCAGUCGACGGAUUCUUCUGCUCUGUAACAACCCUCACAGGGCUCACACGCCCCUGAACUCCGAUAUCGCUCGUUCGCAACCCCUCGCCCAACCUUUUGCCGUGACUAGCAACCAGCGAUGGAUCUGGUGAAUCACCUAGAGGGCCGCCUGCUGUUCGCCGUGCCGAAGAAGGGCCGGCUGCUGCAGGCCUCGCUCAAUCUUCUCGAAGGCGCCGACAUCCAGUUCAGACGCGAGAACCGGUUGGAUAUCGCCCUAGUUAAAAACCUGCCCAUCGCUCUCAUCUUCCUUCCCGCCGCCGACAUUCCGACCUUCGUCGGCGAGGGCCGUGUAGAUCUUGGCAUAACCGGUUCCGACCAGGUUCAAGAGCACGAUGCCGGCGUCCGCGCCUCGCCGGGAGCCCGGCGCAUGAGCGGGGAUUGGAAUGUGGAACAAGCAUUGAAGCCCCGCGGCUGCGAGACAGUCCUCGAACUCGGAUUCGGCAAGUGCAAGCUGCAGGUCCAAGUGCCGCAGAAGGGGGCAUACACAACAACGAAGGACUUGAUUGGCAAGAACAUCGGUACCAGUUUCGUCCACGUCACCCGGGAGUACUUUGCCCGCUUGGAGCAGGAGCAGGACCCGGAGCAGAAGCAGGAGCAGGGGCAGACGGCGGUCGCUAACAGCGACGCGGCGCAGAGCCUUGCACCUCGGAAGCUGAGGUCUAAGAUCAUCGAGCUCAGUGGGAGCGUUGAGGCAGCGUGCGCCUUGGGUGUUGCUGGUGGAAUUGUGGACCUCGUUGAGUCGGGCGAGACAAUGAAGGCUGCCGGGUUGAAGCCCAUUGACACAGUCCUUGAAUCCCAGGCGAUUCUGAUCAAGUCCAAGGCACCCAGCAAUCCGGCCCUGGUCGAGCUGAUUGCGUCACGUAUACGUGGCGUUAUCACGGCCCAGAAAUACUGCCUGUGCCAAUACAAUAUAGAGCGGGCACGGCUGAAGGAGGCCACAGAUAUCACGCCUGGCAAGCGCGCGCCGACAAUCACGUCCCUAGAAGAGGAUGGGUGGGUCGCGGUGAGCGCCAUGGUUGAGACGAAACAGAUCGCAACGGUGAUGGACCGGUUGUCUGAGGUUGGUGCAACAGACAUCUUGGUCUUGGACAUCCACAACUCCCGGUCCACUUGAUACGGGCUGUUUUGAUCCUGUCAAGUUGGCUCGUUGAAAUUCCUCUUUUUCUUGUAUUUACUUUUUUUUGAGUCUUGGUUUUGUUUUCACUUGGAAAAUUGCCUUAAACGUGGUGUAGAACGGGUUGCAGAUAGAAUUUAGGUCAUGGCUCUGGAAACUCCGAGUCUCGGUCAGAUCCUAGGGGUAUGUCAAUUUCCUGUCGGAAUAUGGCCCAAAUAAAAGUCUCUGG